AUGCCCCCUCGAGUGGCAGCCCGAGAAGAGGGCGGCGGCGGCGGCCUUACAGUAGGCUGGGUCCUCGCCAUCGCCAUUGCAGGCGGAGCCCUCCUUUUCGUAUCUCUCGCCUUCAUCCUCGUCACGCUCACGGACCGACGCAACCAACGCGCUCGCCUGGCGACCGAGUCAGAAGCCCGCCUGCAGCAGGACGACGACGUUUCCACUGAGACGGAAACGCAAACCAAGGACGGCUCUUUUCGCCCGCCCCGACAGCGCCGCCGCCUGACGAAAUCGCCACAGGUCUCGCCGCGCAAGACGGCGAGGCGGUCUCUGCCACACAUCCUCCCUGCCAUCAAACACAGCGGCAGCCUCAACAUCUUCGGGUCGCCGGCGGGCCGUAAGAGGAAGAACUCGUGCAACUCUUGGAUCGACGAGGACGCCAUCCACGGGCCCAAGGUCGUCAAGGCGAAGCGAGAGUCCAAAGGGUUCAGUCUCCGGGAGAGCUGGCUCAUCAUGCGAACGCCCACGCUGCCCAACCUCCUCGGCUACCGUGACGAACCGGAAACGGCCAUCUUCUAUCAGCACCAGAAUUACCCCCUCGUCCAGCAGCCGCGGCCUGCCGCGCUCAGCCCGCAGAAGCAACGUCCGGACGCCAAGAAACCCACGUCAAGACUGCCCCUUGUCAGGACGCCGUCAUAUGAGAUGGCCGAGAAGCGAGCCGCCGCCUUGAGGGCAGGCUUUCAGAAGAAGCAGCAGCAAUCUCAGGACGAGAAGGAGCAGGAACCGGUCAAUCCCCAGAGCGUUCCUAACGGUCCCCGUCCCCCGCCCAAGGCCAAGCUCAGGCAGGUCAACACAGAGUCCGACCUCCAGACCAUCCUCCGUAACACGGCCCAGCGCCUCAACGAUGGUAGCCCGAGCCCGAUCCGUAAUGACCCGCGCCUCAAUGGUAACAGCACCACCGGCCCGAACAGGGCCACUCGCCACGUUCGCACGCCGGCUUCGCGCGGCUCGCCCGUCAAAUCCGGCACAGCCUGGAACGAGAGGCGCAGCGUCGCCGGCGAGUAUCGUAGCACGGAAAUUGUACCCGAGCAGCAGACCCCCAGCCCGAAGAAGAGGAUGGCACAGCCGAUGACACCUCAGAGCGCCCCUGCCGCCAUGAACCCCCGUACCAGUACCAUCGCGUAUGGCCAGUCGCAGCAGACGGCCGCCCAGCCUGAUGUGUAUACGCCAACGCACAGGCGCAAGCAAUCGACGUGCUCCAUGGCGUCUGACCAGGACAGUCUGUACGGCGAGACAACGCCCGAACAAGACGCUGUCAUGCCUGCAGGUUUGUCAAGCCCCGACCGCCGGGAAAGCCAGACGUCAAUUGGUGCCAUGAUCGCCGAGACUUCACAGCAGAAGUCCCAGCAGCACAAGCGCAGCGUGUCGAUCCCGUCCAUGACGAGCUCCGUGUCAUCGGCUCUGUCGACCCUCUACAGCGAGGAGGAAGAUGAUGAGACGCAGACAGGCGAGAAGAUCCCCUGGGCGCACCCAGUUGAUCCCAACCAGCAGCGUGGCAGCUUCAAGCCCAGGCGAAUUCAGCACUCACCAAAGAUGAGCGACCCGUUCCUCGUCCCGCCGCCGGCGCCUCAGGUGCCAGAGAGGUCUCCGCGUCGUCUUUCAGCCAGCGGCGAGGCCCAACAACCGCAGAUGCCCGAAACCCGAUCCUACCAAGACCACAGCCGGGCUCUGGGCCAGAUUUCAGGAAAUCGCCGCGCGAGCAAUAGCUCGCUCAUCAUGGCGCCUCUCAACGCGGCCCAGGAUGGUCAAUUGUCCAACAGAGAUGAGCUCCGCCUUUCCAUCAUGAUGGAGCCAUCUGCCCAGAAGCAGGGCCAGUCGUCGGUUCGCCCCAAGAGCGUCGUCACCAUGAAGCCCAAGUUUUUCGCCACGAGCAACAGCGCCACGAGCAUGAUGGCCAGCCCCUCCACCCCCGAAGAGGACCGCAAGGGCCACCGCCGCCGUCGCUCUGUUGUCAUACCGCCACCCCUGAACCUGCGCCCUAUCCAGGGCUCGCCCCACGAGAAAGAUGCUGCGGAAGCCGAUGACCUUGAACUCCCGACUCACAACCUCCAUACCCGCCGCUCCAUCAUCGCUGCCGGCGGGAUCCCCACCGAGAUACCCUCCAGCCCUGUAAUCGCCCGCCCCUUGCCGGACCCAACCCUCCUUUCCAAGACCCCCUCUCCCACUCGCCGCCGCUCCCAGUCUACGACACCGUCGCGCGGCCCCUCCAAUGCCUCCUCAACGUACUCGAACCCUGGCCCGACCAUGAGCCCGACUCUCAUCCUCCGCCCUCAAAACUCCAUCAACCGCGGCUCCCCAACCCACAUUUCUCCGCUCGGCGCCUCGAUCGUUCAGCUUCGUCGUAUGAACUCCCAAGUGAGCGCCUACAGCGUCGCCUCGUCUGCUGCCACCGCCGCUGACGAUGUGGCCGACCUCCGCGGCGGCGGCUUCAGCCCAGAGCGCAGCAAUUCACGCGCCGGUCGCGCGGGACGUCAAAACUACCUGUCCAUGGGUACGCCGAGCCCCAAGUCCCGCAACGGCAUCCGCUCAAACCGCAACUCCGUCAAGGGGCGACCGGCAUCUGUCGCACCCAAGAUGAACUCUCUUGAGGAGAAGGAAAACGGCGAAUCGACGGUGCCUGUUCUGACGAGGGGCGGCCUCAAGGGAAGCCUUCGCACGGCAGAGAGCCCGAAGCGCAGGCUGAGCGUCCGCUUCGCCGAGGUUAAGGAGCCGAUCUUUGUGGACGCGCUGGAGAUGCCGGAAGACGAUGCUGAGGAGGUCAGCCGCGGACGGGAGAGGACCAGGACGCCGACAAGAAAUCGCGCCAGCGCAGACAGCCUGGGUUUGUACGACAAGGACGGAUUUCUGAUGAGCUCGCCCGAGAGGUUUCCAUCGUCGGUAGCCGAGGGACGACAGGGAGGUGCCCUCAGGAUCUAA